UCCUGUCGAAGAAGGCCAUCACACGACAACAGAACAAUCUUGGGUUACGUCAUGGUCGCAAGCUGUCCGUCAUCCUGGCAAAACUCUUCGAUCUCUCUUAAGUGUAUGUCCAACAAUCACUUUACCGAUCCUAGCACUGCUCUACCAGUGUUUGACCCAACAGAAAAUGUAACAUAUGCUAACAUUUACUGCGCCAUAUGUCAUGAGAAGACAAAGGACCUACACCACUGGAGUCUUAAAAUACAUAAAAAUCUACGGGUGGAUGUCUCAGUGCAAGAUGUGGCGCUCUCUAAUGCAUUGUGGGAAGCUCUACCUGGUGGGGAUAUCAUUGCUAACAAAUGCAUUGUCACACCAGAGGAGGCUUUCAAAGGACCGGAUACGAAGAACAAAAGGCUCUGCCGAGAAUAUGCUAAUAGCAUUGGCAAUGAGGAAGAAGAAGAAAAUGGAAAUUACAAGAACCCUCAUUGUGCUAUGCUUUCAAAUGAGAACAUUUUAGUGAACAGCACAGUAGUUUGCCAUAGAGAUGGUCGUCUCCCCUCCAGGAUGUCUUCCAUGAUAUUUAUUUUCUCCAGAAAGGCCAGAUUUAAUUUAGGUUUCAGAGAUUCAGCUGUGCGACUUGAAGUUAGUUGUGCUAACAACGAGAUCUACGAUCCAUUCAAAGGGAGAUGUCUGUCAGUCGUCUCCGAUGUCACGCAUAAGAACACUUCACAGCAAUCCGUUUACGUCAUUCCUCACCAGAAAGUCUACAACAACGACAGCUUCAUUGCAAUCAACAAAACUCUAAUUCUAUGCUCCAAUUUUUCUCGUAACUACACCAAAAUAGUGAGAAAACCUGGAAACGAUCAAAACGCAACCAAAGAACAAUCUCUGACACUCAUCGUAAUCACUUAUGUUGGGUUUUCGUUGUCAAUUAUCUCCCUUAUAUUUCUUUUGGUAACCUAUUUCCUGUUUGGCGAACUGCGGACCUACCCUGGUAAAGCGGUGAUACACCUGUCAUGCGCAAUGAUAGUCAUGCAGUCCGUGUACUUUGCAUCAGACCCGGAUGUUGUUUCCUCUAUAGCCUGUGCUGUGUUGGGCGGCCUGUUGCAUUACUCCAUCCUUGCUGUUUUUCUCUGGAUGGGUGCAAUCGCUCACAACACACAGAAAACCCUUUCAAAGCCAAGUAAGUUUUUCCAUUAUUUUGUUGUUGUUUUUUUUUUUGUUGGUGUUGUUUACAUAUACUUUCAAACGGUGACUAAAGACUCGACUGGUAGCAAUUUAGUCGGGUUGACUUUGGGGGAGAGGGACGCUUACUAUAAUAACCUUUACGGGGAGGCUCCGCCCGGGAUAAGUGUUUAUACCCUUUAUCACAAUAAAGCUAUAUGAAGGGGCAGAUUUGACUCGAGUUCAAGUGUAUUAUAAGCUUGCUAGGGUAUCUGUCAUUUAGGAGUUUAAAAGGCCCUGCAAUUAAAACAUUUCCAAUCGAGUAAAGCAGCGUAUUGGCUGUAUCCCUUUUAUUAACUUAACUCUAAGAGUUAAAAAAUAGUUGCAGUGUUCUCAGACGUACCAUUUUUCAUUUGAAGGUAUACUAGUGUUUAUAUAUUAGUGUUUUUGGAGGUGCAUUCACAACGGUACACAAUGGCUAUGACUUUGCAUCACCAGUCGAGUCCAUCCAGAUGUGGUUCGUCUCCAUUAAAUUCUUUCGGUUAUCAAUGAUCAAUGAAUACUUUUUUUUUCGAAUCCUGGGGUGACUCCCAUGUAAAAGUGACGGGGAUGUUCGUCGUCUCGCUUAGGGAUGUAAAUUGCAGAUUUCGGUCUCACUUGGGGUGUCUUGGACGGAAAGUUAGUAUAUUUGUUCAUUCGGGUAUCGCUUAGGGCUGUGCAUAAAGAAAUUUACAAAAAUGCCGAGAUGUCUGUUUUAAUAUAGUCUUCUUUAGGGGUCAGUUUAUGUUUGAGCCACACCUACAUUGGUUUCCCUUAGGGCUUUAAUUUCAAUUUUCCGACUUGCAUCCCCGUCACUUUUAUAAUGGAGUUUCCCUCAGGGAUUCGAAAAGGAAAAAUAUAUUAGCUUUCCUAAGACCUUCAGUUGCUGCUAUAGAGCCCACGCGAGGGAAAAGGAAGUGCUUUACGAAUGUGACUGAUAUCUCCUUUUUUGUGUAUAGAUGCGAACCCAACUAAUCCUCUGGUGAUAGCUCAGCAGAAGAGGUGGUACAUUGGCUACAGUGUGAUUUGUUGGGGACUUCCUAUUGUGGCUGUUGGAGUUUGCAUGGCUUUGCAAUUGACUGACACCGGAAAUGUUGGUUACGGUGAGUUAAAGGCAUACCGCAUGUUGUCUUAGGGAGAGAGAAAAUGCAAGAAAUUAGAAAAGGUGGCCAAACCGCCCCCUGCGAGAAGGAGCUUCCUUUUGUCUUCUUCUUGAUUGAGAAGGAGAAAAUGAGGCUGUUCCUGAAUAGCGUCAAGCCUUUGACGUCGUCGCAGCCCAAACCUUUGGACUAGUCAAUCUUGUUUUUAUUUUUCUCCUCAAACUGGUUUUCUAGUGCAAGAAUCGAUAUAUUGAUAAACUGAUGGUCAUAACUGAGCCUGUUGCACCAAGUACACGAAUUAGGCCUGAGUUCGAAACUGUAUCCUAGCAACUUGCAGUACAUGCUCAACAAAGAUCUUACUCGAUUCAUCAGUGCAGAGUAUUUUUCGAGUGAGGCCAAUUCGAACAAGCGAAAGAAGGGCUCUGCUAGCAGGGUGGCCUAACAAGUAAAGUUGCCCAAAAUUAGCCAAGCAUUUUGUGGUCUUCCGUGGACAAUCCAAAGAAUUUUGUCUCACCUUCGCUGAAGCAAUUUUUCACGCUCUUUCUUUGCUAUCUCUGCAAAGAGUUCACUAGACCAUACUGCUGCAGCCAGUAACCUUAGCAGCCCAUGUACACUCUCACAUAUUGCAGGUUCAGAUGUCAAUAAAGAUGGAUGUCAGCUGUCUCUGCCUGCACGCAUUUACGCCAUUGCCAUCCCUGUGUCGUCGCUGCUUCUGUUUAACAUUGUGGCUUUGAUUCGCACAGCUUUUGCUAUCAAGCAACACGGACAAGUAUGGUUUUGUUUUUAGUCUCCAAACGUUAGUCAUAAAAGAAAUUCUUCUCUUGGCGAGUUUUUGGAAACGGGAAUGGGAAAGAUGACCCUAGUUAUCCCCCUGGCCUCAUAUAACCUGUGUCUGAGAUCAAUUCCCGAUCAAAUACUAAUCCACUUAUGUUAUAUAAACGUUGACAACAUAUGUCAAACAGCCACGGAGACAGUUUGAAUAAUACAUUGUGACGAAAAUUCUUAAAAGACAACGAUUUUUUUGUGGAAGAAAAGCCCAUUUUAAUGACCAUAAGAGCACUCCUUUUUAUGUUUAGCCUGGAAUGCGUUUCCUGAUUUUGGCUUGGUUAGUUUUGGAAUAGGAGGCCCGGUCGGCCCGCUGGGGGUACCCCCCUACAGGGCUCCGACCAAAACAGGGUACCAUUUUCACGCUUCAGAUAUUUGAAAGCGAAGGAAUUUCACUAGGAGUAGGGAAAAGGUAGAGAAAUCUGUCAUUUCGGACUGUGAAAAGGCCGAGAUUAAAGGGCUAACAGAUGGAUUUUAUGACUGUGAAAAGUCGAGAAAACAUUCCGUGGCUUUGUGAUUUAUUCCGAUUUGAAAGACAGUGCAUUUACAGCAUUUAGGUAGCCUAUGUGAUUUAGGUAGUGAAUUCGAAAUUUUAAGGCUAUUGUAGGACGGUAACUUUAAAUAUUUCCACCGCGCUAACACACACACACACAAAAAACAUUUCCUUAUUCCAGGGCAAUGCUGCGGCUGUAACUCAAAGAAACUUGCCAAUCAUUGUACUGAAAUUGACAGUUGUCACGGGAAUCACAUGGCUCCUCGGGUUUGCAUUGGCUUUCUAUCCAACGCCAUAUUUGGAAUAUCCCUACGUCGUCAUAAACAGCUACCAAGGUCAGUUUGUUAUUAAGGGAGUAUGUCACUAG